AGGUGUUGGGUGGUGAGAUUGACCAGAGGCGCUUGGGCAAAGCCUUGCCCAACAUGAUGAAGGCUUUGCAAGGGCUUGAACCAGAGGUCCAAUCACGCUUUUGUGAAGGCGUCGCCCACUCUUUGCUACCUCACAUGGAGGAGCUCAGCCAGUUGUCCAUGGGCUGCCACAAGAAGGACAAGGGCAAGGGCAAGGGCAAGGAGGGCAAGCAACUGAAGAGAAGCAAACUGGACUACGGGGCCAAUGCCAACCAGAAGCCCUUCAGCGAAGGUGGUGGACUGCGGAAGUUCCUUCUCAGAUUGCGCGCGCUUCAGGAAGCAGGAUCGAUGACAUCUGAGACGCUUGCAUCCAUGCUUGUGGCUUGGAUUCCAUCUCUUGCUCGAAUUGCAGAGCGGAGGUCCGAGCAGCUCAAGGACUUGGCCCAGAACGGGCUGAAUCCACCUCUUCAGAAAAUGCUGGCGAUCAUCCAGGAGCAGGCUGCAACGACUCCACACUUGAAACGCUACGCUGCCGUGCUCGCCAAGGUGU